CGUUUUUUUGGAACACGCGUAACAGGGGAAAAAGGAAGAAGAUGGUGGUGGAAGGGGAAACUUUCUGUACGCACACCACCGAAAUCGAAUAAUCUCUCUCAAUACGAUCUGAUCUUCAUUGAUUUUCCCAAAAAGAUUCCGUUUUUGAAUCGAUUGAUUUCUGGGCACCUUUCAUCUUUCCGAUUUCUCCAAACCCUUUUUUCUGGUUUUAGGAUCAGUGGUAAAUGGAGAAGGUGAUAAACAUUCUGAAACCAAAGCCAAAUCCACAGCAACUGCUGAGGGAUUGGCAACGCAAGCUUCGCCAAGAGUGCCGCAACGUUGAGCGCCAAAUUCGCGAUAUUCAGAGAGAAGAAAAAAGUGUGCAGAAAGCGAUUAGAGAAGCUGCUAAGAGGAAUGAUAUGGGCUCUGCAAAGGCACUUGCUAAGGAACUUGUGAGAUCUAGGAAAACGGUGAACCGUCUUCAUGAAAAUAAGGCACAAUUGAAUUCAAUAUCAAUGCAUCUUGGAGAGAGUGUUGCAAUUGCUCGUACUGUGGGGCAUCUAUCUAAGAGUGCUGAGGUUAUGAAGCUUGUUAAUGACCUUAUGAAGGCUCCUCAAAUGGCUGUGACAAUGCAAGAAUUCAGCAAAGAAAUGACAAAGGCAGGCGUUAUUGAGGAAAUGGUGAAUGAUGCUGUCGACUCAGCACUAGAUUCCGAGGACAUUGAAGAUGAGAUAGAAGAAGAAGUUGAUAAAGUCUUAACUGCUAUAGCUGGUGAGACAGCUGCAGAACUUCCUGAAGCCGUGAGGAAAGAGAAGGUGAGGCAACCUGCUCAAAGCGUUAGAGCCGCAGAGGAGGAAGAGGCUAUAGCUGAGGGUGUUGAUGAUGAAGAAGAAAUGGAAGAAAUAAGGGCCAGACUUGCUAAAGUUAGGUCAUAAAAAAGUUCCCAGUUUUGCAUCCUCUACAUUGUACCCAGGUAUAUUUUAAGCAUGGUAGUCAAAAUCACCAAAUCGCUAAAUCGCAAGGGAGAUGUUGACAUGUUUGUAUCCUAUUUGUAAUAUUCAGAUUGGAACAGACAAUUCCCUAUUAAUGGGAAAGAGAAAACUGACUGGGAUGGCAGUUUGUAUGUAAAUUACACUAAAAUCUUGGGGUGUAUCAAAUCAUCAAUAUAUAGAUUUUCAUCUGGAUUUUCUGUAAAAGUCAUUGUUCAUCAUCACUAGCCAUUAAUCUUUCUACCA